AUGAACGAACUGGUGGUGUUCGACUCGAACCACCAAAGGGCCAUCAACGACUGCGAGCUGGACUACUACAGCAAGAAACUGGCCACCUGUUCCAGUGACAACACGGUAAAGAUAUUCGAUGUGAGCCUUUCGAAGGAGCCCGUAUGCGUAGCUGAAAUGCGGGACCACAGCUCAGCUGUGUGGAAGGUAUGUUGGUCACAUCCCAAGUAUGGGAGUCUCCUAGCGAGCUGCUCCUAUGACAAAAGCGUAAUAAUAUACAAGGAAGUACACAUGAAUAAGUAUGACAUAAUUUACGUGAACAACGAACACAACAGUAGCGUGAACUACAUAGAGUGGUCUCCACAUGAGUAUGGGUUGCAUCUAGGAUGUGCCUGCUCCGAUGGGCAAAUCAGCAUUAUAUCCUACGAUUUAGUGAAAGGAUCAAAUGGGGAAGGACACUGGAACAAGUAUAGCGUGAAGGCCCACCUGAAUGGAACGGCCUGCAUAAGUUGGGAAAAGACGCAUAAGAAUAAACAUAUGAAUGAAGGAACUGCUGGAGCAUCUGCAGUAGGAACAGCACCACCAUCCGCAGCAGCAGCAGCAGGGGGGGGAGGAGAUCAUCCAAGUACCUUCCAACUAGCUUCAGGAGGCUUCGACAAUCAAGUGAUCAUAUGGAUGUUCGAUAACAACACGAAAGAAUUUCACAAGGUAUAUCAAAUGAAGGACAGGCCACACAACUCUUCUAUUAAAGACAUCGCAUGGAGACCGAAUCUGAAUAACAGCACCAACAUAAUUGCCUCAUGCUCAGACGAAAACAUUGUAAUCCUAUGGGUAGAGGAUGUAAGUAACAACCAGUGGAGGAACGGACAAGUCAUUCAGGUAAAGGAGAAAAUUAGUAAAGUGUGUUGGUCACCCAAUGGGACCAUCCUAGCCAUUGCAUGCACGAAUGAAAAUGCUUACUUGUACAAAGAAGGGUUGGAUGGCGUGUGGGAAGAGGUAUGCAAUUUGGCCGACAAUGAAAAGGUGCACGAACAGAUGGAGGAACAGGAAAAUCUUACCGAUCAUGUGGAGGGAAUCAAUACAGGAGGAGCAGCCACAACCAACCAGGUGGACCCUUACAGCGGAUCGUACAACAACAACCACCCUGAUACUCAUAACGAACCCCCUAAUGCCUUAAACCCUGUAACAGCCCAGACGAACUAUGCUAAACCCUUCCCCAAUAGUGUAGGGGUUAACCCUGUUGGGGCUCCAAACAGCAACGUAAGCACCCCCGGGAUGGUAAGAGGUUCAUUAAAUGCUCCACAGACGAGUAAUAGUAACAACCCCUAUGGUCAAUCUGUCACUGCUUCAAUGACACCAGGGAUGAUGCCACCCCCCUUGAAGAAUAACACCACCAUGAAUCAACAAAAUGUGGCUCCAAAUUAUUUAAUUCCGUCACAUAAGAAAACGAGUACUUCAAGUGUCACAUCUAAUGUUGCAGGUUACCCCAUGGGUGGUCCUCCUGUUGGUCCUCCUGUUGGUGCCGCAGGACUUGCGCCUCCUCCACCUCCUCCCGUUGCACAAGAUCAGGGUAAUGCCCCCUAUGGUGGUUUGAAUUAUUCCCCUCCACAGAUACCUGCACAACAAGUAGGUAUCUCUGCGCCACAAUUUCCUGCAAGUAUACCAUCCGGGGUACCCAUGGGUAAUAAGCCAAGCAUCCUCGGACCCCCUCCUCCACCUGGGGGACCACAACAGCAGCCACAACAGCAGCCACAACAGCAGCCACCUUACCAACCGUCAUUUCCCGGCGCCAGCCCCAGCACCAUGAAUUUUACCAAACCCAGCAACCCAAUGCCACCCGCCCAAUUUCAAGGUGCAAAUGCGAACAAAACAAAUUUCAACGCACAACAGAUUUCGCCUCCUCCUCCACCCCCUCCCCCAUUUGGCUCAACCCCUCCCCAACAAGGACCCACAGUAACCAAAGGAAUGAACCAAACAAACACCUUCUCAAAUUUUAACCCAAAUGUGAUGACUCCACCGAACGUUCCUCCACCAAUGGGCACGAAUCCCCCAGGCCCUCCUCUAAAAAAUGUGAACCCCCCAGGGAGUAGCUAUCCCCCGAUGAGUUAUUCCCAUCCACCCCCACCUCCUCCCAACAUGAUGAGUGGUGACCCCGGUGCGAAACCAGCCCCCAAUGCACAGUACGGCGCGUACCCGGGUUAUAACCCGCCCCCCCAGUGA